AUGUCCUUCUUACCCUCUCACUCCAUUGACCCUCACACGGUCCUCCAGCCCGCGUUCGAGGCUGCGCUCGGUCUCUUCUCGAUGCUCGCGGGCCGCCUCCGCAUCUGCGACGGCCACGUCGUGGUCGGCGCUGCCGCCAUGCCCGUCGUCCUCGCGGAGUCCGGCCUGUCGGCGGCCGACGUCGACACCGACUGCCCCUACUCGGCGCUGCUCGACCGCCUCGCGCCACCAGGGGACGGCGACGACGCGGGUACCCCGGUGCUUGCGCUCCAGGCCACGCGGUUCGCGUGCGGCGGCGGCAUCUGCAGUUGGCACCUUGACAGUCGGCGCAAAGGUUCUUUUAGUUCUCGGCCAGACACGGGAGGCAGCGGCGAGGAGGCCGCGGCGUGGCGCCGUGCUCCGUGCGCACCGCGGGUUUCAACACCAUUGGCACGCCCCCGACUCCGCCCCUUCGCUGCUGCUGCCGAGCCUCCAUGUGGAGGCGCCGGCGCCCGGGGGCGACGCGCUCGCCGUGCCGUUCGAGCAGAGGGUGCAGGAGGUCGUGCUCAAGCAGGCGGCGCUCGCGGCCGCGGCGCCGAGGACGGCGCGGAUCGAGCCCGUGCCCAUGGACGGCGGGCUCAAGGCUGCGGGGAGGUCUGCCAGGAGUACGCUUGGAAACACCCCCGCUCCACAGCACAGGAUCUCGUUUACCGCUGCGGGGAGGUCUACCAGGAGUACGCCAAGACAUUCUACUUGGCGACGCAGCUGAUGACACCGGAGAGGAGGAGGGCAAGCCCCAUUCUUUGGCGUCAAAAUUGGUAGUGAGUGGCACUGGGGAGAGGAAGAUUUUAUUGUCCACCAAUUAGCCUAGAG